AAUGUGUCGAUUGUUCUAUCUGUUGUGAAACUUUAGUAUUUAAGUGAAAAUCCUCUUUGUAUUUGGCAUGUCAUGUAUAUUUCUGGUUCACAAUUUAUCCUGAGAAGUGUAUGAAGUUCGGGCUUAAUUCCGUCGUGAUUAGAAACUUUCGGGAUAAAAAAUGGCAACCACGCUAAGGCCAACAGCAAGAAACAUUAAAAAACUAGAAAAACCUCGGCCGCUGAAGCUGACACAGCGUCAAUCGACCGUCGACGGACGGAUUUCGACAAUUGAGGACAUAGUGUCCUUAAUCGAUAAUGUGGCCAUGCAUUUAAGCAAUGGUUACUACGAUCGAAUGCUGCAAACCAAUGUGAUUACGAUGUGUAAUCAUUUGAAGCUCUAUUCUCACCAGCUGGAAGCAAUCUACAAAGACCAGUUAGACAGAGCCUUUGUAGCUAUUAGAAAUGGUAGCCAGGAUGAGAGGCUAGAUGUCACGACCAGAGUUCACUUGCUGGAACUGAUAGAACUUAGAGCCAAACAAUGGCAUCAUUCUGAUUCAAUGGAUUCGUACUACACACAAAAGCUAACGUGUCUAGAGAAUAACGAGCCAAUGACCCCGGAAACUCCAACAAGUUUGCUAACAAUGUCGAUGUCGUCGCCUACUCAUCCAGUCUUGAAUCCAGGAGAAGUUAUCAAGAAUAGCGGAAAGUUUACGAAGCCUACAAGGAUUCCUGGUAAAAACUACUGCAAAGACGAAGUCGUCAUUCGAAACAGCGAUUCAGGAAAAGUGAUGGGAAUAAAGGGGCGACGUGUUCACAUGAUCGAAGAACUCAGCGAGACCAUCAUCUCCUUCCAGCGAGUAAACCCUGGAGCUAAAGAACGACUUGUCCAAAUUACGGGUACUUCCGAGGACAAGAUACACUAUGCGAAGGAUUUAAUUAAGGAUACGAUACAACGAAAUGCUUCACCCGUGCGAUUAGACCAAGGUGGAGGAGAGAAAGGCGGAAUAGGCGGAUCAAGUUCUUCGUUAAACAGCAGUGCAUCCGACGAAAGCAACAGACUGCAGCAGCAAAGUUCUCGUUCUCGUCUGGCCCACAGCUUCUCCACCAACGACGCCAGCAUUGGCGAAUACAAAUAUACCGUUACAGUUGGUAACCAAUCUCUAAAGAUCACUGGCUGUGAUUUGGACCUUGUCAAGACCGCAAAACUAGUUCUCGACGAGUAUUUUACCGGAGAAGGGGAACAAUUUGGUAGCGGAGUAGAAUUUUUUAGUCUCGACGAGGAGGCUGCGUUCCUUCCUAAUCGUCAGUCAAGUCCGCACAAUCUUCCGACUGCUCAGACUCAUGGCAUUGGCAGAGAAUUAAGUCUGGACAGCAACGCGACUUCUGAGAGUGAAGAAACUUAUAAAGCUCGCACGAAUUCUGAAUCCCUGAAAACGAAGCCUAAAAAAAGCGCAUCGAGGGAGCUAACGUACGAGUUUUUACUGAUGUGUUCCACCGGGCCAUAUGCUAAACGGGCUCCCGUAGAUUGGACUCGCAUUCAGAAGGAGUGUCCUAACAUCGUACGCAAGGCACCGAUUCGCUGGUUCGAACCGGAAGCUUAUAAGGCAAAAGUAGCAGCAGCAGGCCUUGUUACGAUUUUACCUGCUGGUGAAGCGGAUAACGAUCCGGAGUAGAAAUAUAAGGAAGUGACUUAGAGACUUUAUCGGACUGAAACCGUUUGUGAGAUUGAUAAAGAAUUUCUUUGCAUAGAUUUGCAGAAUGUAAAUCCUGACAUUGUUUUUGCGUAUCGAGAGCGACUUCUUGAGAUGUAUUUACCACUAUUAUAAAGAUGUGUUCGAAGGUGUGCUUUGAGGACACGUAAGGCGUAUAAGUCAAAGCAGGUUGUUGUAAUUAAAUAAGUAAUUACGAGAAAAAAACGUAUGCAACUGCCUUUUUUAGUUUUUUAUUAUAAUUUUUAUUCUUAUUUUUUAUUUAUACAAGUCAUUCAUGUAUUAGAGCCUUUUAUUUAUUCUUUUUUUUAUUGCUAUAUUUCUCUGUUGAACUAUUUAUUUAUUUUAUUGGCCGUGCAAGUUGGCUUAAUCGCCCUAUGGUUUCACAAAUAGAAUCUCAAUUUACAGAAUUUGCAUGUUGUAUAUUGUACCAUCAAAAGACUUUUGAAAAACGAUAUUUUUGUUUUAGUACUUAGAUGUCGUAAUUACGUUAUCGUUUCUCCGCUUUCGAUAGAUAGAUUAUAAUGUCUUGUUUAGAUAAUUCGAACUUUUCAGUAUUUUAUUUUCAUGUUUGAAAAUUUUUGAAGGUUACCUUGAUUUUUGGAUGUGGUCCACACUUCGUAGAAGAUGUAAUAGUAGGAAUUUACUAUUAAGAAAUAAUUGUGUCAGCUAUCGCUGAAAUUAGAGGUCAUAAAGGCGAUAAAAUCAAUUUAAAAGAAAUUGAUUUAUCUUUGAAGGUGGCAUAAUUAUCACUCUCGUAACAGACAAUCGCAUGAAAAAUGAAAAGUGUGACUUUGUAAUAUUAUUGUCUGUGAAUGGAAAAGGUAUUUUUAUAAAAGUUAUCUUAUUUACAGCUUUCUGAUAAUUACACAGAAGUGUAGAACUGAAAACAAAAAUGUGAAAAAAAAUAUUUAACUCUUGGGUAGUGAGAACAGCCAAAAUAUAAUUGAUUAAUUACUAGAAUUAAGAUUACUUUCUUUCUUAUAAAGCACAUACAAAUUAUAAGAAGAAAGUCGUUAGGAAAGAAAGAGAAAAAUGUUUCGAUGCUAACAUCAUGGACUUAAGUGCUUUAUCAAUUUUAAAAGCUAAUUAUUUACAACUGGCUUCAUUAACUAUUUAAUCGAAAUCUUCACUAGAAAAACUUUUCAGCGCUUUAAUCUUUUUUCCUGAGAUUUAAUCGAAAUCUUUAGAAUAGUCGCGUUUUCAAAUUUAAGUGUUUUUAAUUGUUGUAGAUGUUUUUCCCUUCUUAUAUUGCUUUGCUUCGCCACCAGAGAAAUAAUUCAUGAAAAUAAAAAACGUGGCAAAUGGGCACUCAUCCGUGAUUUAGCAUUCAUAUAGUCUAGUCUGAUUAUCUAAUUUUAAUCUAAGAACUAAACGAAAUUGAUUAAAUCGGUUAAUCUAUAAGUAAGUUAUUUUACGUUUUAUACCCUAGGCAAAUCUGAAAUUUGCCUUACAGCCGAUUCUUUGUUUGGAGAGAUUUUAUAAAUUAUAAUUGUAUUUGUGUUGAUUACCACGAGAUUCAAAGUUGAAUUCGAUGUAGUUAUUUUUCUCGAAACAAUUUUUAGAUGAAUUUUUUACUGUAAUUCUGUUAAA